AUGACCUAUACCGGCGGUGCCCAGCGGCUGGGUGGUCAGGGCAGGCUCCCCGGAGGCGGCGGCGGCGGCCCGGGCCCGGCACGCGGGACCGGUAAGGCGACCCUGCCUAAUGGGCUCGGAAACAAGCGUUGGGGCCCGACCGGGCCGAGGGCGGGGCCCGGGGCGAAGGCGGGCGAGAGGAUUCGGCUUCCCGGCGGCAGAGGGCGCCUGGCGCUGCGGUCCGGCGCGCCGGAGCCGCCCGCGCGGGCGCCGAGAGGAGAGGCGAGGCGAGGCGGGGAGCGCGAGCGACGGCGGCCGCUGCCACGUAUUCCCGGCAGUGGCGGCGGCGGCGGCGGUGGCGGCGGCACGGGAGGAGGUGAGCGGCGCCGGCGCCCGCGGGCAGGAAUAACCCAAGUCACCUUUACUGGAAAUCAGUUUGCUGAAAGCCUUGAAACUGCAGUUCUUGGAGUUGAAGAAAAGUUCUCCCCACAGGAGGUUGUGCGCCUUGACCAGAGGAGCGUGGCCCGUCCUUCAAAACCCUCUCCGGACGCCUUCCUAGCCUCGCCCGGGAAAGAUGCGGCAGCUCAAAGGCAAGCCCAAGAAGGAGACGUCCAAGGACAAGAAGGAGCGGAAGCAGGCCAUGCAGGAGGCCCGACAGCAGAUCACCACGGUGGUGCUGCCCACGCUGGCCGUGGUCGUGCUUCUGAUCGUGGUGUUCGUGUACGUGGCCACGCGCCCCACCGUCACCGAGUGAGCGCUGUGGGCGGGCUCCCCAAGCAGGCAGUGGAGGCCCGGGAGGGGGAAGGCCAACGAAACAUGGCUUUCGUGUUCCGAGAUUUUCCUGAUGCUGAGCUCCGAGCAGGGGCACCCUGUCUUCUCUGGUCUUUGACUUGAUUAAAGUUUCUCCAAUUUCCCUGGGAGGGAAUAGGGAACGUUUUAUCAGUGAACGUGCCAUACACCUUAUGGUCCACUUCAUGUGCCUUUCAGACUUCAAAGCGGUGUGUGUGUGUGUGUGUGUGUGUGUGUUUCUUUGUCUCUCCUAAAAUCAAUAUGUAGCCCACCUGGUGAGAGGAGGAAUCUCUGGGUCAUGAAUCAGUUGGAAUCAGUGCUCACCCCAUCCCCAUUGUUUUGAACAUGACUCUUUUCCUCCAUGUGUUCACAAUUUCCAAAGGGACUGUACUUCUUCUCUGUGCUUAAUGUGAUUUGAAAUCUGUCGACUCAAAAGUGAAAUAUUUAUUUUUUUGAAUAAAGGAGAUAAUAGCCUUAAA